UAAUCACAUUGGUCCGAGAUGGCGCUGAAGUAGACCAACGCGUAGAAGGAAAAGCGCUUCAUUAUUUCUUUGGAGCUGUAUCGUCCUUCACCUUCCUCGGCUGGUGUACAGUCUACGUGCAAUUGGCCAAACACCAUCAACGCCACACAGAUGGACCACCUCGUCGGAGGAAGCACACGGAGUUAGAGCUCUGCCUUUGCACAGCAACUCAGCUUCACAAUGGCCGCCACAUUUUAAACAAUAAUGUCAAACCUGUCGCGAAACGUCAAAAACCUUGCCUUUCCGUCACCUGAAGUUCUCUUCCAAAAUACGACAAACAAGAGGCACCACGUUUUCGUGUUUGCUUCAUAUAUUUGUUCGUAUUUAGUGGUGCAAAGCGCUUACUUUCGAGCGUAAAUUACCCUCAUACGAUAGUAAACUCCAUUGCCUUACCGUUUCCAAGUGAAUAAAGUACACCGCACAGCCACCAACAUGACGGCCCGCUGCAAGAAACGCCGCAACCAGAACAACGCCAUUCGCCGUGCCAAAAACAAGGUGAAGGAGGUAAAGAAACUGAAAAAAAUGCUCGGCUUUAUCGAGGAGGACGUCGGCGAGGGCAAUCUGAUGGACAAGCUGAAGGAUAUCACCGAGCAGAAGAAAAAGGAAGAGGAGCUAGAGCUGCUGAAGAAAGAAACGCUGGCGGAAAUCGUUCAGCAGGAGCAGAAAGCGACGGCCAAGCGGGAAAAAGUCAUCGCGGUGGUCAACCCGAAGACGAACGUAAAGCACCUGUACAACGUGAAAACGAAGCGCGACCAGUUCGGCCAGUAUCCGGCGUGGUACAACCCGCGCAAGGAGCGCAAGAAGCAGAUGGUGCGCGAGGGCAAGGACGCCCGACGAAAGGAGUUCCGCGGCAAACGGAUGCACUUUAUCAAUCGAACGAACAACUGGAAGGCAUUGCUGGCGCAAUAAAACCACACACACACGCACCGUGAUUUUGUUAAAGUAA